AUGGGAGAUCAAGUCGUGCCAGCGAAAGGCAACAUCUUGGGAACCCUCAUCCCGGCCCGUUACAUUUUGGCCGUGCUCGGUUCAAUCGCGAUGGCUAUCAUCUACGGGCUGAAGGUGAAUCUGAGCGUGGCGAUGGUCGCGAUGUUGAACCAUUCCGCCCUAGCCCAUCACGGUGCAUUGUCGGUCGAGGCGAAGGAACACGUUAACGCCGAACCCGUCUGUCAGGGCAGCAACUCAACCGAAGCGGUUGAGGACGGUCCAUUCAUCUGGAGCGAACCGGUACAGGGCAUUAUUCUGAGCUGCUACUUCUGGGGUUACCUGGUUUCUCAGGUUCCGGGAGCACGUGUCGCCGAAUCGUUUUCCGCCCGUUGGGUAAUGUUCUUCUCCGUGUUAAUCAAUGUUGUCUGCACCCUGCUCACACCGGUCGCGGCCAAGAUGCAUUACGUUGCGAUGAUCGUUAUGCGCGUUGGCGAAGGAAUCGGGGGCGGUGUGACCUUCCCGGCAAUGCACGUUAUGCUGGCAUCGUGGGCUCCGCCGAACGAACGCAGUGUGAUGUCCGCUAUCGUGUACGCUGGUACCGCACUUGGUACGGUCAUUUCGAUGCUGAUGGCUGGCGUGCUGGCCGGCACACUCGGCUGGGAGUCGGUGUUUUACGUGAUGGGUGGCCUAAGCUGCCUGUGGAUGGUUUUGUGGCUGUGGCUGAUCCAGGAUACACCCAGCAAGCAGCCAUUGAUUAAUCAGGAGGAGCGUGAUCUCAUUACCUCUUCGCUUGGGUCAGGUUCGUCGAGCGGUCACAACGAGCCAAAACCUCCCGUACCGUGGCGAAAGGUGUUUACGUCCGCUCCAUUCUACGGCAUACUGAUCGCUCAUGUCUGCAACAACUGGGGCUGGUACAUGCUGUUGAUCGAGCUACCAUUCUACAUGAAGCAGGUACUGCAAUUCAACAUCAAGGAGAAUGCCGUCGUUACCGCCAUCCCGUUCCUGACGAUGUGGUUCUUCAGUAUGGCCCUCAGCAAAACGCUGGAUGCGUUACGAUCGCGGGGCAAGAUCACGACCACCAUUGCGCGCAAAACUGCCACCUUUAUUGCAUCUGCCGUACCGAUGGCAUGCCUGCUGGCCCUCUGCUACAUCGGAUGCCAACGUGGACUGGCGGUUACUCUGAUGACGGUUGGCAUUACGGCAAUCGGUGGCAUGUUCUGCGGACUGCUCUCUAACCAUAUCGAUAUUGCACCGAACUAUGCCGGAACACUGAUGGCCAUUACGAAUACGGCCGCUACGCUCUCUGGCAUCAUUGUGCCUAUCUUUGUUGGACAGAUCACGCACGGAAAUCAAACGAUCGGUGCUUGGCGUGUAAUCUUCUUUGUUACGAUCGGUUUAUACAUUCUGGAGAUCAUUGCCUACCUGCUACUGGCGUCAGGUGAAGAACAGCCCUGGAACAAAGGUGACAAGCCGGCCAGUUCGAUUGAAGCAGCCGAAGCGGAAGCGACUCCGUUGAACACGAAAGAAUCCAAACAGAGUUACAACAGCCAGGAGCAGUAA